AUGUCCGAACAAGAAAGUCUUUUAAUAGACCUGGACACGGAGCAGGACGUGGACGGCAAGUGGGAAACGUACAAGAAAAAGUUUAACAAAGUCUAUGAACCGGAGGAGGACCGGAUCCACAGAGGGAUCUGGGAGGAGUCUCAGAGACAAGUGGCGAUCCAUAACCGGGACUAUGAAGAGGGGAAAUACACCUACACCACCGGGAUCAACCAGUUCUCUGACAUGAAACCUGAAGACAGAGGUUGUCGGUGUCGGCAUAACGCUAAAGUCAUCGCACAUCCACCAGAACCUGGAGUUUAUGAGUAG